AUGGCCAGCGUGCAAGAGCCACUGAUCCCGGAAAGUCAUGUGCUGCCAACAGAUGCACCAGUUGAACCAAUUUCUUUCUCAGAUGAGAAAUCCACUGCCAGCGCGACCAAGGCAGAUCUGAGCGAAUCGACUGCCUCGCUCGACUCCACAGCACCACAAUCCAAAGAUGCAACCCAACCCGAGGUCCCCUUGACCGCCGCGGAAAGGAAGAAGGCCAAGAAGGCAAAGAAGAAGCAGCAAAAGAGACAGGAGAGUAUUAGCUCCCUGGCUGCUUCGACGCGAGAAAAUUCUGCCGAGCCGGUGGAGGAAUCACCAGUCGAAGCUCCCAAGGCAGCUGAGCCCGCUGCCGAGCCAGUGGUGGAGGAAAAGCCUGUCGCUUCCACCAAUGUAGAACCCGAGGUUGCUGAGCCUAUCACGGAAGAGCUAAAGACUGCCGAGGCCGUUCCUGAAGUCGCCGCCGAGCCGAUCGCCGAAGAGCCUCCCGCGGCAGAAAUCAAGACUGUCGAGGAGGCUGAGCCUACCACCGAAGAGAAGCCUACCAUCGAGGAAAAGGCUACCGAGGCCACUUCCGCUGAGGCUGCCGUUGAGCAGCCUGCCGAAGCUGUCGUGGAAGAAUCCAAGGCGGUGGAGGAUAUCACUGAACCUACCAAGGAAGAGUCAGAGACCGUCGAGGCCGUUCCUGAAGCUGCCAAGGAAGAGACUGCCACUGAAACUGCCGUGGAAGAAUCAAAACCCGUCGACACGAUUCCUGAAACCAUCGCAGAGCCUGUCGUCGAAGAGACUCCCGCCAUGGAGGAAUCGAAGACUGUGGAAGCUGUUUCUGAAAUCGCCCAGGCGCCCGCUGUCGAAGAAUCCAAGGCUGAGGAAGUUUCCGAGCCUACCACUGAAGCUGCCACGGAAGAAAAGACUACCGAGGCUGUCGCAGAGCCUAUCGUCGAAGAGACUCCAGCUGUUUCAGAAUCCAAGGCCGAGGAGGCUAUUCCUGAAAUCGCCCAGGAGACUCCCGUCGAAGAACCCAAGGUUGAGGUUGCCGAGCUAAUCGAGACGCCUGCCACUGAAGAAAAGGCCGUCGAAGAAACUCCCGCCGUGGAGGAAUCCAAGACCGAGGAGGUUGUUCCUGAAAUCGCACAGGAGUCGCCCGCCGUUGAGGAAUCGAAGCCUUCCGCAGAAACAGCCGAAAUCGCCACAGAAGAAAAGGCCAUCGAGGCCGUCCCCGAGACUGUCACUGAAAAGACUCCUAGCGCUGAAGAACCUCAGGCUGAGGUUACUGAGCCCAUCACCGAGGAGAAGCCUGCCGUGGAAGAAAAGGCUGUCGAGGACGCUCCUGUUGCUGUCGCAGAGCUUGUCGAAGAAACUCCUGCCGUGGAAGAAUCUAAGACCGAAGAGGUUGCUACACCUGCUGAAGAAAAGGCUGUCGAGACCGCCUCCGAAACCCCCGCUGUGGAAGAAUCCAAGGCCGAGGAGCUUAUUCCUGAAAUCGCCCAGGAGACUCCCGCCGCUGAAGCUGCCUUGGAAGAAUCAAAACCCGUUGAGACCGUUUCUGAAACCGCUGUAGAGCCUACUGUGCAAGAAUCCAAGGCUGAGGAGAUUGCUACGCCUGCCACCGAAGAAAAGGCUGUCGAGACCGCCUCCGAAACCCCCGCUGUGGAAGAAUCCAAGGCCGAGGAGCUUAUUCCUGAAAUCGCCCAGGAGUCGCCCGCAGUUGAAGAAUCGAAGCCUGUCAUAGAAACCACCGCAGAGGAAAAGGCUGCCGAAGUCGUCCCCGAGACUGUCGCCGAGGAGACCCCCACCGCCGAAGCUGUCUUGGAAGAAUCAAAGCCCGUUGAGACCGUUUCUGAGACUGUCGCCGAGCCUGCUGUGGAAGAAUCUAAGGCCGUCGAGGUUGCUGAACCUACCACUGAGGAGAAGCCCAUUACUGAGGAAACGGCUGUCGAGGCUGCCCCUGAAACUGUCGCAGAGACUGUCAUCGAAGAAACUCCCGCGGUGGAAGAAUCCAAGCCCGUCGAGGCUGCCCCUGAAAUCGCCCAGGAGACACCCGCAGUUGAGGAAUCCAAGGCCGAGGAGGUUGCUGAGCCUAUUACCAAGGAAGAGCCUACUACUGAAGAAAAGACCACCGAGGCUGCUCCUGAAACUGUCGCAGAGGCUAUCACCGAAGAAAAGCCCACCGCUGAAUCCGCCACAGAAGAGUCGAAGCCCGCCGAGUCUGUUGCCGAAACCGUCGCUGAACCGGUUGUCGAGGAGACUCCCGCCGCUGAAGCUGCCGUGGAAGAAUCCAAGCCCGUCGAGGCUAUUCCUGAGACUAUCGCAGAGCCUAUCGUCGAAGAAACUCCCGCCGUGGACGAAUCCGAAACUGUCGAGGCUACCCCCGAGACCGUUCAAGAGACCCCCGCAGUCGAAGAAUCCAAGGUUGAGGAGGUUGCUGAGCCUAUCGCCGCGGAAAAGGCCGUCGAUGCUGCUCCCGAAGCUGUCGAAGAAACCCCCGCGGUGGAAGAAUCCACCAUUGUCGUCCCUGAAACCGUCCAGGAUGCCCCCGCCACCGAAGCAGCCGUGGAAGAGUCCAAGCCUGCCGAGGAGCCAGUAACCGAGAAGGCUGUCCAGGAACCGACUGUGGAGGUGGAGGCCGAGAACAGUGCUGACACCACCGUGGCUGUUCCAGAGAUUGCUUCAGAGGCAACUGCUGUGGAGCCGACUGUCGAGGUUUCCGAGCCUACCAAGGAGGUGGCUGAAGAGACUCCCGUUGAGCAACCUGUCACUGAGGAAUCGACUGCUGAGCCAAUCAAAGAGACCGAGAUUGCUGAGCCCAUUCCCGAGCAGACUGUCGAUGCUGUCAAGGAAUCUGCUGUCGAGGAGCCCACUGAGGUUGCUGCCGUGGAGACAGCCACCACUGAGCCCACCACCGACGCAAUUGAAGAGCCUGCCACCGUUGUCGCCGAGGAGGCCACUGCUGAGAAGGCUCAGGAGCCUAUUGAGGUCGAGUCUGUCAAGGAGACCACCGAACAGGCCGCAGCAGAGGAACCAGUUGUGGCGGAGCCUGUUGUUGAAACCACUAAGGAAUUGACUCCUGAGGAGUCCCCCGUUGUUGAGACUGCCGCCAUUGCUGAGGCUGCUUCUGCCGCUGCUCUCACCGAGGAGUCUGUCGCUACUUCUGAGACCACUGAAACCGCCGCCAUUCCCGCAGCUGCUGCCGCUGCUCAUGUCACUGAGGAGUCUACUGCUACUAUUCCUCAGGCUGCUGCCGCCAUUGUCGAGGAAAACGCCACUCCCAUUGAGUCUGUGCAAGAAUCAAUGGAGAAGACUGUCCCCGCUGAAACUGCCAAGGAAGUCGCCGUUGAGCAACCGGAAGUUACCAAGCCUGAGGAAGUAACCGAGCAGACAACCGAAGAGCUCGUUGCUGACAAGGCCGUUGAAGAGCCCGUUUCUGAGACCUCUGCCCCAGAGCCGGUGGUCGAGGAGACUCCCGUUGUGGAAGAGACUCCCGUUGUGGAAGAGACUCCCGUUGUUGAAGAGACUCCCGUCGAGUCCACCAAGGAACUCAUCGUCGAGGAGCCCAUCGAGUCUUCCACAGAGGCUCCUGCCGUCGCCGAUGUUACUGCAGACGAAGCCGAGAAGGUCGAGGAGAAGCAACCUGAGAUUGAAUCUAUUGCUGAGCCAGUCGUCUCUGAGCAGACCGAGACUGCUACCGCUGCCGCUGUUGAAGAGCCUGUUUCUCAAAACGCUGAGCCUGCUGUCGCCGAAGAGAAGGUCGUGGAUGAGCCAGUCACUGUUGCAGAGGCUGUUGAAGUUGCUGCCGCUGCUGCGGCCGUGGCCGUGGCCGAGGCUGUCAUUGCCGAGCCCGCUGUUGCUGAAACUCCCGUUGUCGAAGAAAAGAUCAUUAAUGAGCCAAUUGCUGUUCUCGAAACCGCAGCUGAGUCCACUACUGAGUCUGUCCCCGAACAGACUCCCGAGGUGGCCCCCGUUGUUGAAGAAUCUGCUACUGAGGCACCAGCUACUGAUAAGGCCGAGGAUGUGACCGAGCCCGUCAUUGUUGAGCCUACCAUCCAGGCUAUUGAAGUCACUGAAGUACCAGUCGUGGAGGAGCAGGUUGCCGAAGAGCCUGUGAAGGUUGAAGAGCCCGUUGAAGCUGCUGCUCCCGCGGAGCAAACUCCCGAGGCAGCUCCAGUGGAGGAAUCUACCAAGGAGCUCGAGCCCGAGACAACCGUGCUGGAGGAAGUUGUCAUCGAGCAGCCCACCCUCGUUGCUGAAGAGGCUGCAGCCGAAGCGCCAGUUGUUGCUGAGGUUGUCGAAGAGCCCGUACAAGAGGAUGCUAAUGCUGAGGUCCUGGAACAGUCUACUUUUGUCGUGGAGACCAUUUCUGCAAAUGGGGUCGACGUUGUGGCUAUUUCUGAGUCGAUUUCCUAUGCAGACGAGCCUGAGAUUGUCGCUGAGACAUCUGAUGUGAAGGAGUCGAUUCAGCCCUCCACCUCUGAUAUCGAAACAUCGGCACCAACUGAGCCCGAAGCCAAGCAAGAAGAGACCGCUAGGUCCGCCUCUGACGAAGCUACCGAGGAUACUGGCAUCAGCACCGAGAUUCUUGGUGCUGGUGCUGCUGUCGCUGCCGCCAUUGCUGGCGCCAGCGUGGCCGCUGUUGCUCACCACGAAUCCGAGACUGCAGCAGAGACCAAUGCAGACAAGGAAUCCGUUCCGAAGGCUGAGACCCAGCCCCAGGUUCCCGCAGCAGAUGCACAGUCCACAGACGGUAAGCCAACACCGUUCUAUACUUCAUACCAACCGUCUGCCAUAUCUCUCGAAACUGAUCCCGCUCUUGCAGCUCUUGCUGGCGACCGCGAAGCCCUUCUUCGCAAGCUCAACCAACCCUCUACAGACCAACUGCCCACGGCUACCCAGCAACCAUCGGUCGCGACAGUCGAAAGUGCCACCGAGUCCCAGCCUGCCGCCGAGGCCAGCAAAGGAAUUACCGUACCCGCUGCAAAUGCAUCCGACGCUCAGCCUGAUGCCGACAAUGCGCUUACACCAAAGAAUAAUGAUGAGGAUGCUCGCUCGUCGAGUCAGAACCGGUCAGUGACUGCUGUUUCUCUAAAUGGUGCACCUGACAGCUGGCUCAAAGCAAUCCUGCGCACUGUCUUUGUGAAUUUCUUUGGGGCCAUCUUUUCACCUUUCCGUCGCCACAAGGCCUCCAAUUAG